AUGUUCAAUCAGGCAUGCUAUUCACAAGCUGCUCUUUCACUCGAUAUUGUCAGCUGGCUGAGGUUCUGUAUGGAUAAUUUAGCCAAUUCAAGGUUGGAAGAAUUGUUUUACUUGCUUUGGGGUGUGUGGAAGGAAAGAAACAAUAGAAUUUGGGAAAGCAAGCGAAGUCAGGCAGGCGAUGUGAUAAUCAAUUCUAUGGCUAGACUGUCUGAGUAUCGGUUUCACAAUACUAAGGCUGGUCGUAGUCAUAGUGUUAGGGCUCAGAAAUGGGAGUGUCCUCCUAUUGGUUUUCUUAAAAUAAAUUUUGAUGGCUCUUUUAAUCUAAGCACCAGGAAGGGUGGAAUCGGAUUUGUUGUUUGUGAUUCUGAAGGGAGGAUGUUGGCAAGAGGAGGACGUUCGGUUGCCAAUUUGAUUUCUCCUGAACAUGCUGAGGUCCUAGCAUGUAAGCUGGCUCUAAACUAUAUCGAGGAAAAUUCUUGCUUUCCUGCCAUUGUGGAAACUGAUGCACUGAUGGUUCAACGUCAACUUACUACUGCUGUAGAACCAAAUGCUUUUGUUCUUGGCAGAUUGUAUGAUGAUCUGGUUGAGUUUCUUGAAGGCAGGGCUCUGAAGGUUGUCCAUGUUAAGAGAAGUGCUAACAAUGUUGCGCACUUGAUAGCAAAUCAUGCUGCCAGUUCUAGUCAGGAAUUGUUGUUUUUUUCUGCUCCUCCUUUUUUAUCUGCUGCUGUUGCAGCUGAGUUGAGUAUUGUGUAA